AUGAUUGGAGUUAUUUCUCCCUACAAGAGACAAGUUCAAAAGAUUCAAAAGAUGAUUGAAAAGAGACGGUUCGGUCCUGGUAUUAAAGUUGGAAGCGUGGAAGAGUUUCAGGGACAGGAGAGAAGAGUGAUUAUCUUAUCAACUGUUCGAAGCACUAAAAAAGAGUAUCUGGAUAUGGACAGAGAUUUCCACCUUGGAUUUCUUAACAACCCAAAAAGAUUCAAUGUAGCCAUUACUCGUGCCCAGGCUCUCUUGAUUUUAAUAGGCAACCCGGACAUGCUGUGUCUGGACGAAAACUUGAAAAGGUUUUUGGAGUACUGCGGUGAAAACAGGGCUACUGUUGAUGUAGAAAGGAAAGAAAAGGUGGAGGAUAUUGCAGACACUCUUAAAGGACUUGAUCUUCCCUCAAGGGCAUCAUCAGAACGCAGUGAAGAUUUGGAAAUCAGUCAGCGGGAACUCCAAGAACACCCAGAGUGGACUAGGCACGAGUAAAUGUGUUGUUCCAGUCUGCAUCUCAUGGUCACUUCUCAGUUUUAAGAUAAAUCUAAGACUAUACGCACUUAAUAAGUAAAGACAAAAUUCAAAAUAGAAAAGGGAAAGAGAAACGCUACCAGUAGUAGCUAAUUAAAGCUGAUUAGUCUUGAAUAUAUUGUCAUUUGUGAGUUUGACAACAAUCUGACUUUGGUCUAUGGAUUCAACAAGGAAUAGUUAACACUACAGCUCCCCCCCGCCCUCCCCCAUCGUUUUGUCUUUGUCCCCAUCUCAACAAACCGAUUUUAGGUGUAGAACACAAUCUCUUCAGUGGCAUCACACAAGCUGAUUUGUCGUCAGGGGACUGUUGAUUUUACAUUGGGGAAAUUUGUGGAACCAAAGACUAGUUUAUGUAGCAGUGUCUUGCUUUAGACAAGGUAAGCAUCCAGCCAGAAUGAUGGCAGUGCUGGUAACUGCAAUAACCCUGCUUCCCUUUGGUGUCUCCGUGUGCAACCCUGAGGAGGUAAAAUAAACAACAUAGUAGCGCAUGUAGUUGAGUGCUGACCCUUUAAGAAUUGCAAUUCUUAAGUAAAAUUCUAUUUACAAAUGUUAUUUACAAUUUUAUUUACUUACAAUUUUGUAAUAAAUGUUUUUUUCACAA